AUGAACUGGAGCUGCCAUUGCCAGCUGAUGUCCUGCUCUCCCUACUGCACCUCCCACCAGCAGAAGCUCAUCAAAAAGCUGCAGGUUGAGAAAGCCUUUCAGGAGGAGAUUCAGAGUUUUCAGGAGACAAUGAAGAGCUUUUGGGAGAAGAUCAAGGGCUUUUGGGAAAAAAUCAGAGAUGUCAAGAUGGCCAUCCAAGCCUUCUGGGAGGAGAAGUCUGUCUGGGAGGAGGAAGCUGACUUUCGUGAGAAAGAAAAGGCUGUUCAGGAGGAAGCAGAAGCCUUCUGGAAGGUGUAUCGUGACUUCUGGAAGGACUAUAAUGCUUUCUGGAAGAAGGAUAAGGGUUUUUGGGAAGAAGAUCAGCUCCUCUGGGAGAAAGACAGUCCUCUGGAUGAGGACAGAGUCCUAUGGGCAGAAGAAGCAUCUCUGUGGGCAGAUGAAACAGCUCUCCUGGAAAAGGAGUGAGCUGUCUGGGAAGAUGAGGAGGCCCUCCAUGAAGAACAAAAAAUCGUCAAGGAGUAUGAAAUGUUCAUCUGGGAGGAGGCCUUUGGUCCUGAGAGAGAGGAUAUCUCCAGGGAUGACACCGUCCACAGAGGAAAAGCAUAA